GCCGAGGAAAAACAAAGAAGAAAAAAGCAUGAAUCUCCGCAUCGUCAUCUCAGCUUCGAUUGCCAUUUUCCUUUCUAUUCUCUUCUUCCACCUCCUCAACUCAAAUUAUUGGUUGAAAUGGAGAGCUUCACUGAUUCCAUCAACUAAAUUAGCGGCUGAUUUGAUAGUUAAAAAUGGGGUCAUUUUCACUAGUGACCCUUCUUUUACUUUUGCUGAUUCCAUGGCCAUUCGUGACGGAAGAAUCCUCCGUCUUGGCAACUAUUCCUCUCUUCAGGAUUUGGCAGGAUAUGGCACUAAAGAGCUCAAUCUUAAAGGAAAGAUUGUGGUACCUGGAUUUAUUGAUUCUCAUGUGCACCUGAUUUUUUCAGGACUUCAGAUGGCACGUGUGCGGCUCCAAGGUGUAAGUCGGAAAGAUGAGUUUGUGAGAAGGGUGAAAGAAGCAGCACUAAAUGCCAAAAGGGGUUCAUGGAUUCUGGGUGGUGGAUGGAACAAUGAGCUUUGGGGAGGAGAACUUCCAGUGGCAUCUUGGAUAGAUGAUGUCACAUCUGAUAGUCCUCUUUGGCUAGCAAGGAUGGAUGGUCAUAUGGGCUUGGCAAAUUCCAUGGCACUAAAGUUGGCUGGGGUCACUAAUUUAUCUAAGGAUCCAAAUGGUGGAACAAUUAUGAAAACUGCUGAUGGAGGUCUGCUGAUUGAUGCUGCAAUGGAACUUAUUCUUUCCAGGAUUCCAGAGGUCUCUGUAGAUGAAAGGAGGGAAGCUAUGCUUAGAGCUAGCAGUUUUGCCUUGACAAGGGGUGUCACAGCUGUUGUAGAUUUUGGGAGAUAUUUUCCUGGGGCACCAGUUGAGGAUUCCUGGCGGGACUUUUCAGAUGUGUAUCAUUGGGCUGAUUCCUCAGGGAAGAUGAUAAUCAGAGUGUGCUUAUUUUUUCCAAUGGAGACCUGGUCGCGGUUAUAUGAUGUGAUUCAUAAAGCAGGCCAUGCUCUGAGCAAUUGGAUUUACUUUGGUGGUGUUAAAGCUUUUGCUGAUGGAUCUCUAGGUUCUAAUAGUGCUCUUUUCCAUGAGCCAUAUUUCGAUGACCCUCACAAUUCUGGCUUACAAGUUGUGGAAUUUGAAAGUCUUCUCAACAUGACAAUGGCUUCAGACAAGUCUGGGCUUCAGGUUGCUAUCCAUGCUAUAGGUGAUAGAGCAAAUGACUUGGUCCUGGAUAUGUAUGAAUCUGUUGCCUCAAAAAAUGGAAAGAGGGAUAGGAGAUUUAGGAUUGAGCAUGCCCAGCAUUUGGCCCCUGGGACAGCAGAUCGAUUUGGCAAACAAGGGAUUGUUGCGUCAGUACAGCCAGAUCACUUGCUUGAUGAUGCUGAUGUGGCGAUCAGAAAGCUUGGGGUGGAUAGGGCUCAAAAGGGGUCAUAUCUUUUCCGGUCACUUCUAUCAAGCAACGCAUUGUUGGCUCUUGGUUCUGACUGGCCUGUUACAAGCAUUUAUCCUUUGUGUGCUGUAAGAACAGCAAUGAAAAGAAUUCCUCGAGGUUGGAACCAUGCAUGGAUUCCAUCUGAGCGCCUUUCACUGAAUGACGCAUUAAUUGCGCACACCAUUUCAGCUGCUCAGGCAUGCUUUCUCGAGAACGAAAUAGGAUCUUUGUCAACGGGAAAAUUGGCUGAUUUUGUGAUACUAUCAACUGAUUCAUGGGAUGAGUUUGCUACAGAAGGAUCUGCAUCAGUUGAGGCAACAUAUGUUGGUGGUAUCCAGGCCUAUCCAUGAAAGCUUUUGAUGUCAAAAUACAGAUAAGCUACCGCCAUUAACAUUUACCAGACGGGUCAUAAGAUGAACAACUCAGCCUUAUAUAGUUACUCAUGGUGUAUCAGUGUUUGUAACUUUGUAUGAUAUCAGAUUAGAAACAUUGGACUCAAAAAAAAAAUAAAUUCUAGGGAUCUAACUUCAAUUUUUAUCACUUUUGGUUGAAUUGAGGUAGCCAAGACUUUACCAUCAAGUAGUAUUCGUUUAUCACUG